CAUUUGUUUCGUUCAAUCUGACUCGUUCGGCGCAUGCAGACAGCAAAACACGAGAAAUUUGCAUAAAACAUGGUAUUUUCACCAUUUAAACCACUUGCAAUUGUUACCAAAAGAUUCUACCCGUCCUAAACGUGCCAGAAUUGUAAAAUGUGCAUUAUAUCCGAAUCCAUCCCCGGUGUGUUUUGUAAGCAAACGGGAAUGUUUACGUUCCUUGCAGUACAGGUACAGUUGCAAGCACACAAACACACACACACAAGGCCCUGUGGUGGGGUGAACUGAAGAUAUGAAAACAAAAGGCACACGCACACUACCAUGGAGCUGUGCGCGAGCUGGGAUCGCUUUCACGUGCGUGAAUCCACUUUCCCGUUAUCGUUGCGCGAGAGGUGCCGCGUGGAAUUAACGCGCUAGCCGCCAGCAGGUCCGGCUGGUUCCCUUAUCCUAGACGUCGUCCUCCUAGAACAUCGACUCGGCACCGUAUUGAUUGAGGGUUGCAGAUAGACGUACGCUGAAUGUUCCCGAGUGUCUAGCUGCACAACCUCACCCACGAGCCGUCGCCAUCUCUCGCAGCAGAAACGCACACAAUGUCCAUGCGACGGGCUCUAAAGUAUGGCGUCGUCGGAAGUGCCGUACUGGGAACGGCCGUCAGCCUUCACGCUAACGACUACGACCUCAACUCGGUCGGUAUCGUGCGGCUAGGGCGUGCCGGUGCCACAGUAUUCGACAUCGCCACCACCUACAAAGCGAACCUGUACAGUCGCGAAUGGACCGACAAAAAGUCGCCCGAAUAUCUGAAGGUAAAGAGUGACACGCAUCGGGCGGCCGCCGAAAAGCUACUCGAGCUCUGUCGCACGAACCGUGGCGUGUACAUAAAGGUCGGCCAACAUAUCGGUGCGCUCGAGUACCUGCUGCCACCGGAGUACGUCACCACGAUGAAGGUGUUGCACAGCAACGCGCCGCAAAAUCCGGUCGAGGAUCUUUAUCGCGUGCUGAGGCAGGAUUUGCGUAUGGAUCCGAACGAACUGUUCGAAUCGUUCGAUCCGGAACCGCUCGGGACGGCGUCGCUUGCCCAGGUGCACCGUGCGACGCUUCGGGAUGGGCGCGAGGUGGCGGUCAAAGUGCAGCACCCGUACGUGAAGGGCAACUCGAUCGUGGACAUCAAAACGAUGGAAGUGCUGGUGAAGCUAGUCGCGUGGACCUUCCCGGACUUUAAGUUCCAGUGGCUUGUGGACGAGUCGAAGCGCAACCUGCCGAUGGAGCUGGACUUUGCGAACGAGGGCCGAAACGCGGAGAAGGUAAAGGAAAUGUUCCGCCACUACCGGUGGCUAAAGAUUCCGGGCGUUAUAUGGGAGUACACGACACCGCGCGUACUCAUGAUGGAGUACACGAAGGGUGGUCAGGUGAACGAUCUGGAGUACAUCCAGCGAGAAAAGCUCGAUCCGUACGACAUUGCGAACAAGAUCGGCCAGCUGUACUCGAACAUGAUCUUCCUGAAGGGGUUCGUGCACAGUGAUCCGCAUCCGGGGAAUAUUCUGGUGCGGCGGAGCGACCAGACCGGUGGAACGGAAAUUGUCCUGCUCGACCAUGGGCUCUACGCGGAGCUUACGGAAAAGUUCCGGUACAACUACUCCAAGCUGUGGCUGAGCAUUCUGCGGGUGGAUCAGAACGGCAUGAAGAAGUACGCACAGGCUCUCGGCGUCGAGGGCAGCAUGUGGGGCCUGUUCGCCUGUAUGGUGACGGGACGGCCCUGGAACUCGGUCAUUCAUGGAGUGGAUAAGGUGAAGCAGGAUGAUGCAGAGAAGGAACUGAUCCAAAACGAAGGCAAGCUCGUACUGCCGCACAUUUCCGACGUGCUCGAGAAGGUCGACCGCCAGAUGCUGCUGGUGCUGAAAACGAACGAUCUAAUACGAGGCAUCGAAACAACACUCCGCACCCAGAACCGCAUGACCGCAUUCUGGGUCAUGUCCAAGUGUUGCGUGAAAAGCAUCGGCAGCCAGGAGUACCUUGGUGCGGCGGAUACGUGGACCAAGCUGGCCACCUGCCUGCGGGAGCAGUGGUGCAUACUGAAGCUAAACCUUUACUACCUUUACCGGGGGAUCGUAUCGUUGCACCUACUGUCAGCACUGAAGAUGAUCUUCUGAAGCGGAUCGGGGGUGCAGACGGAUACAUUACACACACACACACCUGCCUAUUCACUCGAAACCUACUCAGGAAGAAGGGACACAGGUUUGCAGAUGACGCACAGAUUUCGUUUAGCUGUAUCCCGCCGAAGGCACCGUGAAGGUCAUUAAGCAACUAUUUUCCAAAAAAAUGAUGCUAAUUAGCUAAACGGAAGCAUCUUAAGGGGUUCUAUUUUGCAUUGCUUUUAUCCCAUAAUUUGCAACCGAUAUUUAUUAUGCUUUUUUUGCGCCAAAUUCCCCCCAAACACACACACACACGCACCAAUUGAUUUCACCAUUUGCGAGUGUAUACGUUUAAGUUUGCUUGUUUCAUCAUUAGUAAAAUAUUAAUUACCGCACGUAGGGAAGAAAAAGUGUAGGUAGUUUAGGUAUGUAUUGUGCGCGGGUACGGGUCAAGGUUAGUUCUACCGGUAGAACGAGCUGGUAAUUAAGUGUUCAUAAUAGUGCGUAUAUCUGCAAAACGAUAAUUUUCUGUUUUUGCUUUUUGUUGGGCAUUAGAAUUGUGAAGAAAUUAAUAAAAAUUAUGUGUAUGAAAAGUACCAAGAA